AGUCGCAUCGUUUUCUGGCAAUGGUCGGUUACAAAAAGGUGCACGGCAUUUGUAGGGAGAACAACACAGGUACACGGUUCUAAGGGGAGGAUGUAAGAGGCUAAACUUUCGCAGGGAAGCAUGAGAGAGAAGAAGGACGAGAGCAUGGUGAAAGGCCCAUGGUGUUUGUGUGAUGGAUGGCGUAAGGAAGGAGAGAUCCACACACUGCUCUAGAACAGGUCCGAUUCACCCCAAAGCAGAUGUCUCCAGCCUUCAGUGGAAACCCAAACACUCCUCCUCAAAUGAGACGACCUCCUUUCACCAGAACUAUAAAGGUAACAUUUCCAUGGAAAACCACAAGGCUGUACCUGACCUGAAGGAUGUCCCCCCACCUCCUCCUCCUCUUCCUCCUUAUCCCUCUACAUCCCAGCUAUCCCAGCCCUUUCCUUUGAUACCUCUGCCCCUGCCUCCUGCCUGCUUGCCGCCUUCCCUGCAGCUAAUACAAGAUUCCCACCAACAACAUCCGCCAUCAAAACAGCAACAGCAAGGGCUUAGCCCCAAAGUAAGCAUUUGCACCCAAUGUGACUACUGUAGCACAGACAGCUAUGGCUUAUUGGGUGGCAGAGGUGUUGUAAGCAGCAGUAUUUGUUCACCACAGACAGCAUCUGGCUUUCUGGGAACACCAAGCAGCAGCAGUAGCAGAUUAGAGCUGUGCUCUUUAGCUCCACCUAUCCGUUGCUAUAAUAACCUAAGCCGUGGUGGAAGUGACGUGUUUGAUCCCUUGCUCCCGCUUGGUUGCAAACCUCAGUUGCCUUCUUUUGUGGCUACCUCUCAACCUCUUUCCCUUCAACCUUGCCUACCAUGCUGCUCAGGACCUCUUCACCCCUGCUCAGCUUUACCUCCUUCACUCAGUCAGUCCAGCACAUUUCCCUCUUCUGCACCCCUUUCCUCUGUCACCUCUCCACCUGCUCCUGGGAAAGACUCGUGUGUGGUUUCCUCUGGCUUUUACACCUGCGGUGUGGACUGCCACACAUCAACAAGGACAUUCCAAAGAAGUGCACUUGGUGAUCAGCCCAGCAUCACAGCCGUCACAAGUUCAACCAGCUCAACACACUUCACCUCUAGUCCUAUGCUCCAGAAUGUAAAACACACAGUUUGUCGGAAUGCGGCACACUUCUGCCAGGAGUGCUUGUUAAAGCCAAAACCUGGUCCAAUUUCAGAAUCCAAGUUGUGGCCCAAUGUUCCUCCGCCUCCAGCUUCUUCCAUCCCUCUUCCCAUUUGUAAUGGCUGUGGAACAUUGUCUGAUGGCAUGAUGCCGUCCACCAACCAUGGCAAGAGCGGCUAUAAAUAUGAGAACAGUGGUCCUGAAAGUAUGCCUCCUGUUGGUGUCUUCUGGGACAUUGAAAACUGCAGUGUGCCCAGUGGUCGCUCUGCUGAAGCCGUGGUGCAGAGGAUUCGCAGCUGGUUCUUCCAGGGACACAGAGAAGCAGAGUUCAUCUGUGUCUGUGAUAUCAGCAAGGAGAGUAAAGCUGUCAUCCAAGAGCUCAAUAACUGCCAGGUCACGGUUGCUCAUAUUAAUGCCACUGCAAAGAAUGCUGCUGAUGAUAAACUUCGCCAGAGCCUAAGACGAUUCGCUGACACACACACUGCACCUGCAACUGUCAUACUGGUGUCCUCUGAUGUGAAUUUUGCCAGCGAGCUGAGUGAUCUGCGCCAUCGCCACGGAUUCAGAGUGAUUCUGAUCCAUGGCAGCCACACGUCUUCCUCUCUGCUGCAGCACGCCCACCGCCAUGUACCCUUUCAGCAAGUUACCGCUGAUCUGCCUCAGCGUUUGUUCAUCAAAUCGCAGCCCAGUGUCAGCUUCCUCUAUGUGCACAACCUCCCCGUCAUCUCUGACAAGACCCUGCAGAAUGCUGUGAAGCUCAGGCUUCGCCGCCUGUCAGACAACUGUGGCGGCAAAGUGCAGAGUAUGUCCCAGGGUACAGCGGUCCUCCGUUUUGGCAACCAGGAGGCGGCUGCUCGGGCCCGCAAACGAAUGGAUAACGAGGAUGUGUUUGGCUACAGAAUCAGCCUCUCUUUCUCACCGCGGACCAGAGACGAUGUUGGUUCUGAGCCUCAGCUUCAGACUGAGCCCCGGCCCUUCCAAACCAAGGUGUCUAUGCUUGCCCCUUUCCCAUCCAUAUCUUCCUCCUCUUUCCUGCCCCUGGAGAAGCCAAGAUCACCCAGGAGGCCACGGCGAGCCACCCGCCCCUUUGCUGCCUCUGGGCUGGUGCCAGAGAGGCCCUACAGCCCCAGGAGGGGUUCCAGUGGGCCUCCCGGCGGUGCUCCAGCCAAACCGCAUCAGGAGACUAAUAUGGAUGGAAAGUCCAGGGUGGGCCUGGCCCACCUGGAUAGGGGGCGUGCUGCUUCCUCCUCACCUCAGAGGAGGGAGACAAGAGCAUUGGAGGAACAGAGUAAGACUGACCUGACUGGAGAACCUGUAGACGAUAAGAGGGAGGGUUCCAGUCCUCGAAGGGUAACCGGCUCACCUGUUACUCAAAGGGUCAGGAGCUCAGAGUUCAAGAUUAGCACACCCUCAGCCUUCAGCAAGCUGAAUCUGAAUAGGAGCUUCAGCCCCAUGGUCCCGUCUCAGGGGUCCUGGUCCUCACGGAGCGGGUCCCCGUGCCUGUCCAGCCGUUCAUCCCCUCUGCUUGCAACUGCUCGCAGCUCCUGCUCUGAAGGUCUGUCUCAGCCUUUCUCUGAGGGGACGGAACUCCAGGUAGCCAACCUUGACUACAGAAUGUCCCGUAAAGACCUGCAGCAGAUACUGCAUGACACCUUCUCCAGAUAUGGACAGGUGAAGGCUGUGGAUCUGAGCCCUCACACUGAUUAUCAGCUGAAGGCCACGGUUCAAAUGAUGUCCCUGCAGCAAGCCAUCAGUGCUGUCAGUGGGCUGCACCGCUAUAAGAUUGGAAGUAAACGCAUCCAGGUGUCUCUGGUCACCGGUGCCAACAACAAAUCACUUUCCUUGCUCAGCACUGAGAUCAUUUGCAUUCUUCAGGAUGCUCCUGCUAACUGCCUUCCUCUGUUCAAACUGGCUGAGAUCUAUGAGAAGAAGUAUUUCCGUAAACUCUCCAUUGGCGAUCUCUACAAGUUAUCAGAUGUGCUCUCAGUGCGAGAACAGGGAGGCUCCAGACUAGUUUGCCUUCUCCCCAACAUCCGAAUUCGUCAGAGUCCAUUGGGAUCUUCUCAGUCCCAGGAAGCCUCGUCCUCUGCAAGUGGGAGUCCUGUUGUGUUUGAGGAACUCGAGUACCACGAGCCUGUUUGCAGACAACAUUAUGCUAAGCAAGACUUCAGCGAAGCUGACUUUGACCCUGAAUCCUAUAAAAUCCCCUUUGUGGUGAUGUCACUGAGCAGUUUGGCCUCUGAUGUUCACAGUCUUCUGCAGAUUCAUGACGGCACUCUUCCCCUGCUCAGCUUUCCUGACUGUUAUGCGGCUAAAUUUAGCCCUCUGCAAGUCGGAAAUGAGAUGCUAGAGGGUGCUGUUCCUCUGGAGCAUCUGAUUACUUGUGUUCCUAGUAUCACCAUUGUAACCGCUCAGAAUGGUUUCAAGGUCAUCAAGUGGAUCCAUAACAAACCACCUGCACAGAACUCUGAGCCAUGGAUUCAGCGAUGCAAGAGCCCGGUUGGCAAUCCACAGCUCAUCCAGUUCAGCAGAGAGAUUAUUGACCUGUUGAAGAGUCGGCCAUCUUGCCUCAUACCAAUCAGCAAAUUCAUACCUUCAUACCACCAUCACUUUGCCAAACAGUGCCGGGUCUCUGACUACGGCUUCUCAAAGUUACUGGAGCUUCUGGAAGCUGUUCCUCAUGUUUUGCAGAUAAUAGGAAUGGGUACCAAACGUUUACUGACCCUUACCCACCGAGCACAAGUGAAGCGUUUCACACAAGAUCUUCUUAAGUUGCUCAAGUUUCAAGCUAGUAAACAAGUGGCAAUCAGGGACUUUAUGCAGGCAUACCAUUGGUGUUUCUCUAGAGACUGGAGGGUAACAGAUUAUGGGAUAUGUGACCUGAUGGACCUGCUGGCUGAAAUCCCAGACACAACAAUCACCAUCACACACCAGACCACAGACACAGUCAUCUCUGUUCCUAAGAGAGAGCGUACUGCGGAGGAAGUGGAGCGAACCAAGCAGUUUGGAAAGGAGGUAGUGGACCUCCUCCGCCAUCAGCCACACUGUCGAAUGCCGUUCAGCAAGUUCAUUCCUACCUACCACCACCACUUCGGUCGUCAGUGCAAGCUCAGCUACUACGGCUUCACAAAGCUCAUGGAGCUUUUUGAAGCCAUCCCAGACAUUCUGAUGGUCUUGGAAUGUGGUGAGGAGAAAGUGCUGACUUUAACAGAGGUUGAGCGUAUCAAGGCUCUGGCAGCCCAACUAGUCAAGCUGCUACGGGCUCAGAAAGAUUUCAGUCUGUCCGUCAGCCAGUUUCUCCCAGAGUACAGCAAGACCUUCGGUUAUGGUCUCCGUCUUCAGGACUAUGACGUAGCGUCGGUGCCCGCUCUGCUGACCAAACUCUGCCAUGCUGUCAAGAUGGUGGACGGCUCUGAGGGUCGCAUAGUGCAGCUGAUCAACAGGAAGUCUCUACGUCUGCUGACCUCUCAGCUGUUGGCUCUGCUAAUGUCCCAAGAAACUCAUCAAGUAUCAAAGGGAAUGAAGGUGGAUGAGCUGAGCAUGCAUUACAUGAGUAUUCAUGGAACCCAGCUGAAUCCUUGUGAAUAUGGGUUUCUGUCUCUGAGCGAACUGCUAAAGAGCCUACCUUACCUUGUAGAGUUGUACUUUGAAGAAAAUGGUGAAGAUUGCAGCUCUGCUGGCGGUCAUGGGGUUGAGUGGGUGAGGUUAACCAGGCUUUACCAGUUUGCUCGUAACAUUCGGGCGCUGCUCCACACCUACCACUACAACCAGCUCUUCCUGACAGAGUUCCAGGGGGCCUACAACAAGUUUACAGGCUGCAACCUUGACCCUCGCUUCUAUGGGUACAGCACCACUGAUGAACUGCUCGGCGCUAUUCCUCAGGUGGUCUGGAUCAAAGGACACGGUCAUAAGAGGAUUAUCGUUUUAAAGAACGAUAUGAAAGCAAAGCCAAGCUCUUCAGUUCCUAACAGCCCACAACCGGUAGACAUGGAGAGUCCGAGGGACAGCCCCAUCAGCAGCACAUCAGGAACACAAAGUCCAGGUUGCGAUGCUGAAUCAGAGCUGCUCCGUCUUACAUCACCUGUCGACCUGUUGUGUGGCCCUGUACCGUCCUGCCUGCCGUCACCCCAGCUCCACCCUGACCCUGUUCUCCUUCAGCAAAUGGACCUGAUUAACUUUGAGAAAACACCCCCCCCACAACCCUCAGCAGAGCUGGAGUCUGUAGAGGAGGCUGCAGCAGAUGGUACCUGUGGUCCUCUGGAUCAGUCUGGCGUUGAAGACGAUUCACCAGCGCUCCCUGAUGAGAAGAACACCUUGUCCAUGGACAGUCCUGGCAGAAGAGCCUCACGCAGCAGAUUUAAACUAGCUGCCAACUUCUCCUUCACAGCAGGCCUCUGAUGAAUCCAUUUCUUUCC